AAGGGAACCACGUCGCAUUGUUGCGAGGCCCCUCCAGAUGUCUGGUUUGGUAGUCCCUUUAGGAAUCAAACACGGAGAUCCAAAAUAACAAUGGCCAUUACCAAACUCUUCAUCGAAUCACCAUCAUCGUUUCAACACACAACAUUCUUUCCUCUUCUUCUUCCUUUUUCCAUAUCCUCAUCAUCUCUCUCUGUCUUUCUAUUGUUUUCCCGCACCAAUCAAAACAUCUCCUCUCUCUCCAUCUUCUGAAGAAGACCAUUCUUUUGAGACCAUCCUUGAAAUGCGACCUGGCGAUCUAGCUAUGGAGAGAACAACAUUGAUCCGAAGACGAAGACAUAUCUGAAAAAAGAAAAGAAAAAAGAACAAAACAAAACAAGAAAAGAAGAAAAACAAAGAAAUGUCGGUAGCACACGCAGACGACGCCGACGAUUACAGCCGACCAACAGGAGAAACCUACCACGCAGAGAAAGCAUUACCAAGCGGAGACUUCUACACAGGCCAAUGGAGAGACAACCUCCCACACGGACACGGCAAAUACCUCUGGACCGACGGUUGUAUGUACGUCGGAGAAUGGCACCGCGGCAAAACCAUGGGGAAAGGCCGUUUCAGCUGGCCUAGCGGCGCAACCUACGAAGGCGAUUUCAAGAACGGUUACAUGGACGGUAAAGGCACUUACAUCGACUCCACGGGAGACUUAUACAGAGGCUCGUGGGUGAUGAACCUACGUCACGGUCAAGGCACGAAAAGCUACGUCAACGGGGACUGCUACGACGGAGAGUGGAGGAGGGGGUUGCAAGAUGGUCACGGGAGGUAUCAGUGGAAGAAUGAGAAUCAUUAUAUCGGUCAGUGGAAGAACGGGAUGAUGAACGGUAACGGGACGAUGAUAUGGAGCAACGGGAACCGUUACGACGGUUCUUGGGAAGACUCUGCUCCGAAAGGGAACGGGACUUUCCGUUGGUCGGAUGGGAGUUUUUAUGUCGGAGUUUGGAGUAAAGAUCCUAAAGAACAGAACGGGACUUAUUACCCGGCGACAACUAGUGGAAAUUUUGAUUGGCAACCGCAGCAAGUUUUCUACGUUGAUUUGAGUGAGUGUGUGGUUUGUACUUGUCAGAGAAUACCGGUUUUGCCGUCUCAGAAGAUGCCGGUUUGGUACGGUUCUUCUUCUGAGCAGAGUAGUAGUGGGAACAGGACUAAGAGCAGUGAGAGGCCGAGGAGGAGAUCUGUUGAUGGAAGAGUUAGUAAUGCUGAAAUGGAGUUGAGGAAUAAUGGUUCUGGUUAUUUUCAGGUAGAUGAUACGGAGAGUAACAGAUCUUCUUUAGGACCGUUGAGAAUACAACCUGCUAAGAAACAAGGACAGACUAUCUCUAAAGGACAUAAGAAUUAUGAUCUUAUGCUUAACUUGCAGCUUGGGAUUAGACAUUCUGUUGGAAGACCAGCUCCGGCAACAUCUCUUGAUUUGAAGGCUUCUGCGUUUGAUCCAAAGGAAAAACUUUGGACCAAGUUUCCAUCUGAGGGAUCUAAAUACACUCCUCCACACCAGUCUUGUGAGUUCAAAUGGAAAGACUAUUGCCCUGUGGUUUUCAGGACUCUGCGGAAACUGUUUAAUGUUGAUGCAGCAGAUUAUAUGCUAUCAAUUUGUGGAAAUGAUGCUCUUAGGGAGCUAUCAUCUCCAGGGAAAAGUGGAAGCUUCUUCUACUUGACCAAUGAUGACCGCUACAUGAUCAAGACUAUGAAGAAGGCAGAAACAAAAGUUCUCAUAAGGAUGCUUCCGGCUUACUACAACCAUGUAAGGGCAUGUGAAAAUACUCUAGUUACCAAGUUCUUCGGUCUUCACUGUGUGAAACUGACUGGCACUGCACAGAAAAAGGUUAGGUUUGUGAUCAUGGGGAAUCUAUUCUGUACUGGCCACUCCAUCCAUAGGCGGUUUGACCUCAAAGGAUCAUCUCAUGGCCGUCUUACCACAAAACCAGAGUCUGAAAUCGAUCCAAACACAACGCUUAAAGAUCUUGAUCUAAAUUUCUUAUUCCGCUUGCAAAAGAACUGGUUUCAAGAAUUCUGCAGGCAAGUGGACAAAGACUGUGAAUUUCUUGAACAAGAGAGGAUCAUGGAUUAUAGUCUCUUGGUUGGUCUUCACUUUCGAGAAUCUUCGUGCAAUAACUCUGCCACACCUACUUCCGGUGCUAGAACCCCGACCGGAGACAAUCGUCCCUCCCGAGGAGAAAUGGACCGGUUUCUUCUCGAUGCCAGCAAGUUAGCAUCGAUGCAACUAGGUAUAAACAUGUCUGCAAGAGUUGAAAGAACAGUGAGAAGAAGUGACGCUGAGAAUCAGCUUGUUGGGGAACCAACCGGUGAAUUUUACGACGUGAUUCUCUACUUUGGUGUUAUAGACAUUCUACAAGACUAUGAUAUAAGCAAGAAGCUUGAACAUGCAUACAAAUCAAUGCAGUAUGAUCCAACUUCGAUCUCAGCCGUUGAUCCAAAGCAAUACUCUCGACGUUUCAGAGAUUUCAUCUUCAGGAUUUUCGUUGAAGACACUUGAGAGUUUGAGACCAAUCCAUUCUAAUUAACUUGCACACACCCAAGGAUGAAUUAACUUGAGGUUUUCUUUUUUUUGUUAGAAAUUCUAUUUUUUCUAUUAUAGAAAUUAUCUGUAAAUUUUAUUAUUCGUUAUUUUUUCUUUGUAUUGCGUUAUUUUAAACGUGAAAUAAAGGAUGUGUACAGAUGUUGACUUGUAUUUCUUAUUAACUCUUUAUCCCG